UUUGUCCGGGUAACCGUAAGAUCAAUAGACUGAAAGUCGCCAACCAACAGGAAGAAUAUAUUUGCUUACCCUGCAGGGUUCUCCCCUCGCAGUCCCCCGAGGACCAAAGGAGCCAAGAGCCGUUUCUCACAGGGUUUUACUCUCCUUUGGACGAACCCCGGGGGAGGAGGCGUGGCCAGCGGUGGCCACGCCAGGCGGGAGGCUGGAAGCUCGCCAGGCCCCCGCACGCCUUCUCUCCGUUCUUCUGCACUUCCCAAGCUCCUUACCACAGACUUCGCUCUGAGCUCAGUCGGGAAGAAGCCAUGGCGAAGUCCAGGGGCCGUCUGUACCUUUGGAUGUGUUUGGCUGCCGCGCUGGCGUCUUUCCUUGUAGGAUUUAUGAUGGGCUGGUUUAUUAAGCCUCUCAAAGAAAUUGACACCACACUGAGCUAUCAUCCAAGUGUACGGCAGAACCUCGUAUCUGAGAUGAAAGCUGAAAAUAUUAAAUCAUUUCUUCGUUCUUUCACAAAGCUCCCUCACCUGGCUGGAACAGAACAAAAUUUACUGCUUGCCGAGAAAAUUCAAACCCAGUGGAAGAAAUUUGGACUGGACUCAGCCCAGCUGGUUCAUUAUGACGUUCUCUUAUCUUACCCUAAUGAGACAAAUGCCAACUACAUAUCAAUCAUGGACGAACAUGGAAUUGAGGUUUUUAAAACAUCAUACUAUGAGCCACCACCAGAUGGAUAUACGAAUGUUACAAAUAUUGUACCACCAUAUAAUGCUUUCUCAGCCCAAGGCAUGCCAGAGGGAGAUCUUGUAUAUGUAAACUAUGCUCGGACUGAAGAUUUUUUCCAACUAGAAAGAGAAAUGGGCAUCAACUGCACUGGAAAGAUUGUUAUUGCCAGAUACGGAAAAAUCUUCAGAGGAAAUAAAGUUAAAAAUGCCAUGUCAGUGGGAGCCAUAGGAAUCAUCCUGUACUCAGAUCCAGCUGACUACUCUGCCCCUGAGGUGCAGCCGUAUCCCAAAGGAUGGAACCUUCCAGGACAUGCAGCCCAGAGAGGGAAUGUGUUAAAUCUGAAUGGUGCUGGUGACCCACUCACUCCAGGCUAUCCAGCUAAAGAAUACACCUUUAGACUUGAUAUUAAAGAAGGAGUGGGAAUGCCCCAAAUCCCCGUACACCCCAUUGGAUAUAAUGAUGCAGAAGUAUUAUUACGCCAUAUGGGAGGAACAGCUUCACCAGAUGACAGCUGGAAGGGAAGUCUUGCUGUGGAUUACAAUAUUGGGCCUGGUUUCACAGGGCACGGCUCUUUCAGGAAAGUUAAAAUGCAUGUUUAUAACACCAAUAGAAUUACAAGGAUUUACAAUGUAAUCGGAACUAUCCGAGGAUCUGUGGAACCUGACAGGUAUGUUAUCCUGGGAGGCCAUCGGGAUUCCUGGGUGUUUGGAGGCAUUGACCCAACCACAGGGACCGCUGUUUUACAAGAAAUUGCUCAGAGUUUUGGAAAACUGAUGAGUCGAGGUUGGAGACCUAGAAGAACUAUCAUUUUUGCCAGCUGGGAUGCAGAAGAAUUUGGACUUCUAGGUUCCACAGAAUGGGCUGAGGAGAAUGCAAAAACACUUCAGGAGAGAAGCGUUGCUUACAUCAACUCAGAUUCAUCAAUAGAAGGCAAUUAUACUCUCAGAGUUGACUGUACACCCCUUCUUUACCAGUUGGUGUAUAAACUAACAAAAGAGAUCUCCAGCCCAGAUGAUGGUUUUGAGAGUAAAUCUCUUUAUGAAAGCUGGUUGGCAAAGGACCCUUCAUCUGAAAAUGAAAACUUUCCUAGAAUCAACAAGCUGGGAUCUGGAAGUGAUUUUGAAGCUUAUUUUCAGAGACUUGGAAUUGCUUCAGGCAGAGCCCGUUACACUAAGAAUAGGAAAACAGAUAAAUACAGCAGCUACCCAUUAUACCAUACAGUUUAUGAGACGUUUGAAUUGGUAGAAAAUUUUUAUGAUCCCACAUUUAAAAAACAGCUUUCUGUGGCUCAGUUACGAGGGGCACUGGUUUAUGAGCUUGCAGACUCUCAAAUCAUUCCUUUCAAUAUUCAAGACUAUGCAAAAGCUUUGAAAAACUAUGCGACAAGUAUCUACAAUUUAUCCAAGAAACAUGACCAACCAUUGAAAGAUCAUGGAGUAUCAUUUGACUCCUUAUUUUCUGCUGUGAAAAACUUCUCAGAGGCUGCUUCUGAUUUCCAUAGAAGACUUACAGAAGUUGAUGUUAAUAAUCCCAUUGCAGUGAGAAUCAUGAAUGACCAAUUGAUGCUCCUGGAAAGAGCAUUCAUCGAUCCCCUUGGCCUACCAGGAAGGAAGUUCUACAGGCACAUCAUCUUUGCUCCAAGUAGGCACAACAAAUACGCUGGUGAAUCAUUUCCCGGGAUCUACGAUGCUAUGUUUGAUAUUGAAAAUAAAGCAGACCCACGUUCGGCCUGGAGAGAAGUAAAGAAACACAUUUCUAUUGCAGCCUUUACAAUUCAGGCAGCGGCAGGGACACUGACAGAAGUGGUGUAUUAAGGUCUCAGCCAAGUGGAGCUAUUCAUUAGAAGUCUGGAAGUCUGAGGAUAAAAAUCCAUCUUCAUAUUUUGAUUUUAGAGUUCCACCUUGUUCACCUGAAAAGUUUUUUUGGCUCUUUAAAAAUGUGUAACUUUAUCACCAAAGUGUUAAUCUAAUAAAAUAAAACAAAA